AUGACACCCCGACGUCCCAUCCGCAUCGGUAACUGCUCGGGCGCCAUCAACGACGGCAUCGACCAGAUCUAUCGUCUCGCGAAGUACGGCAACGUCGACGCCAUCACAGCCGACUACCUCGCCGAGUUCAACAUCGCAUGGAAAGCCAUCGAGCUGCAGACGCGUCCGGAGCUGGGCUUUGAGCCCAACUUUCUCGAGCAGCUUGCCUGGCACGGCGGCGACGCGGCACGCCUGGUGGCCGAGAAGCGCAUCAAGAUCGUUCACGAUGGCGGGGCGCUGAAUCCUCGGGGGCUGGCCGAGCGGACAGACGCGUACUUUAGGAGUCUUGGCAUCGGUGAUGUCAAGGUGGCAUGGGUCGGCGGCGAUAACGUGACGGAGGCGGUCAAACGUGGCGCGUUCGGGCGAGUCAUGCAUCUCGACCAGCCCGGCGUUGAGUUUGAUCCGCGGGCUGAAGGGGCCGGCGGCGAGGAGGCGCUUCUAGCUGCCAAUGCGUACACCGGGUACGCGGGCAUCGUGAGGGCGCUGGAGGCCGGGGCGGAUAUUGUCGUGUGCGGCCGGUGUACGGAUGCGAGUCCGGUGAUGGGACUCGCGAGGUGGUGGCACGGUUGGACGGGGACGGCGUACGACGCGCUCGCGGCGAGCCUUAUGGCCGGACAUCUAAUCGAGUGUGGCCCGUAUGUGACGGGCGGCAACUACUGCGGCCAGCGUGAAGUUCCGAACCUCCACCACGCCGGCUUCCCGAUUGCGGAGAUUGCGGCGGACGGCGCGGUGGUGAUCACGAAGCCGGAAGGGUCUAACGGGCUUGUGUCCGUUGAUACAUGCAAAGCGCAGCUAUUGUAUGAGAUACAAGGGUCCUUCUACCUAAACCCGGACGUCAUUGCCGACAUCGAGAAUGCCAAGUUCAGUCAAAUAUCAAAGGGGCGUAUUCAACUAUCUGGAAUCAGAGGACUGCCUCCGCCUCCAACAGCCAAGCUGGCCAUCUGUCUGCUGGGAGGAUUCCAGGCGGAGAUCUCUGCCUACGCGGCUGGUCUGGACACCGAUUUCAAGUUCGAAGUGUUGAAGAGCCAAGUCAUGGGACAGAUCAGCCAGUCAGACUUUACAACCUUCAGCAUCGAGAAGUACGGCUCGGCAGCAACAAAUCCGCGGUCGCAAAAGGCAGCCACCGUGCAAUUUCGGAUGUUCGCCCAGUCUCAUAAAAAGGAGGCCUUUGAGCAGUUCAAACGCGCUGUAUUCUACAACGGCUUACAGGGCUACUGUGGACUGCAUCUGGGGAUGGAUUGGCGCACGAUGGAGCCCCGGCCGUUUGUGCGGUACUUCCCCGCGUUGAUACCACAGUCCAAGAUCCCCUUGUCCGUCAGUUUUGUCAAGGGCCUGGAGAACAUCACGGUUGAAGCAAGACAAGAGACAGACUGCGGGUCAAUACCUCGUCAACAUGAUUACGAUCCUCCAACACCAUUGACAAAGGUCUCCCCAUCACAGACGUCCAAAAGGCCGCUGGGAGAUUUGGUCUUUGCCCGUAGCGGGGACAAGGGCGGCAACGCGAACAUUGGGUUCUGGAAGUUCAUCGAGCUUCUUGGCGAUGACUGGCAGGGCAGAUACGUGAUGGCCUCUAGUGAUGUGCCCGUCAAGAACGCUUCAGGCCGUUACGACAACGUAGAUUUUCGGAAAGCAGCAGGUUAUCAACAUCCACCCAUCAAGUGCAGCUACAACCGCCGCGAUGUUCUCCUCUUUGCCAACGCGAUUGGUGUCAAGAAAGACGAGCUUCACUUCCUCUAUGAGCUCCACCCUCACUUCGCCGCCUUUCCCACUUUUCCCAUCAACCUCGCCUUCAAGCAGACAGACCAGGAUGUUUUCGACUUCAUCGCGCGGACAACGUCGGGCCAGGUUCCAGGCGUUCCGCCUUUCGACGCUCAGCGUUCUGUAGACGGUGAAAGAGGCAUCGAGAUCAUCCGUCCAAUUCCGGUGUCCUCGGCUGGCUUGGACUUGGAGGUUCGGAAUAAGGUGAUUGGGGUUUAUGACAAGGGUGGCGCCAUGAUCUUGGAAGCAGAGCAGCUGCUUGUCGACAAAAACACAGAAACCGUUUACACCAAAAUGACCUCCACUGCAUUCGGCAUCGGACAGGGAGGCUACGGCGGGCCCCGUGGACCGGCAAAACAGGCCGUGACGCCCCCGGACCGCCGGCCGGACGCCGUGCACACGAUCAAGACAACCCCGGAAGCCGCCCUCCUCUACCGCCUCUGCGGCGAUUACAACCCGAUGCACGCCGACGAGGCGUUCGGUCAGCGUGCUGGGUUCAAGGGCUCCAUCCUCCACGGCCUCGGCACGUGGAACAUGGCCGCCCACGGUCUCCUGCAGAAGCUAGGCGACAGCGAUCCCAACCGCUUCAAGGCUUAUGGCGCAAGGUUCAAGAGCGUUGUUUAUCCCGGAGACACGCUAGAAACUCGCAUGUGGGUGGUCAAGACCGAAGGAGGGAUGGACGAUGUCAUAUUUGAGACGGUCGUUAAGGAAGACGGCAGAGUUGCGCUAUCGAAUGGAUAUGCCAAGAUUGCAAAUGCGAAAGUGAAGCUGUGA